CAGAAAUACAACCUGGGCACGCGUGAAAACUCCCCCUGCCAAUGGGAUACCAUGAAUAUCGGAAGAGAGUUCCGCGAUAUGUCCAAAGAGGACCGCAAGUCUUUUACCGAUGCCGCUACCUGUCUCAUGAACACACCUCCUCAGCGUAUGCCCGCCGAUCGGGCAGCUAGUUACCCUGGAAUCAAAUCUCGCCAUGACGAAUUCGUAGCCACUCAUAUAAAUAUGACCCUAAUAAUUCACGCGACGGCGGAUUUUCUUGCAUGGCACAGACACUUCAUCAAGCACUACGAGCAAGAUUUGCAGAACCUCUGCGGUUACACCGGUACACUUCCUUAUUGGAACUGGGCUUUAGACGCUCCUGCGCCCCAAGAUUCACCUCUGUUCACUGGUGACGAGUACAGCAUGGGUGCCAAUGGCAAGUACAUCCCCAACCGCAGCGACACCUACCUCUACACUCAAAGCGUCAAUAUGCCUCCGGGCACUGGUGGCGGUUGCAUCGAGAGCGGCCCCUUCUCCAACAUCACCAUCAACCUUGGACCCCUGGACCUGCCUAAUACCAAAAACGUUGACAGCGACUACGAAUACAACCCCCGCUGCUUGGAACGCGACUUCAACUCAUUCUUUACCGAGCGCUACAACACUUUCUCCAACGUCACCGAGCUCGUUCUCGAAAGCAUCUAUCUCGAGGACUUCCAAGAUAGAAUGCAAGGCUAUGCCGCUGGUGACCCCUUUGGCGUUAACGGAGGUGGUCAUUGGGGAAUGGGAGGUGCAGCUGCUGACUUCCAUUCUUCGCCUAAUGAUCCUCUGUUUUUCCUUCACCAUGGUAUGAUUGAUAAUGUCUGGACAACCUGGCAGAAUCUCGACAUCUACCGUCGUCAGUUCAUCAUUAAGGGAACUUCUACUCUCGGAAACAGCCCUCCUAGUGCUGAGAUGACUUUGGACGAUGUCAUUCCCUUUGGCUUUGUUGCUGAUGAUCGGGUUUUCCGUGAGUUGAUGGAUACUUUUGCCGAGGGCUACUGCUACCGCUACGAGUAG